AUGGAGAACGGAGCCAUCACGCAAGGCGAGGGCAAGGACCCCUCGAGCUUCCUGAGCGACAUCAUCGGCAACCCGGUCGUGGUCAAGCUCAACUCGGGCGUCGUGUACAAGGGCGAGCUGCAGUCCGUCGACGGAUACAUGAACAUUGCGCUGGAGAAGACGGAGGAGUAUGUCAACGGGGCCAAGCGGAGAGAGUAUGGCGAUGCUUUUGUGCGAGGAAACAACGUCAUGUAUAUUUCUGCAGACUCAUGA